AUGGAGCCAAGGGAUCGGCUUAGUUUGUUCGCACGCCUUCUUUCCCAAAGGGCCCAGACCAGCGUUCCGAUUGCUAUGAUUCCAAGUGGGACACCUACUCCCGCGCCGAUCGCCACGUCGUGCGAGCUGCUGGAUGCUACUGCUGAUGAGGACGGGGAAGAGGUGGUUGAAUUGGCAGUCACAGUUGUUGUCGAGUUUGUCGAAUCGGAAGUGAUAUCCGUAACAUUAACAAGUGCGGCGCGUUCGAGGAUGAUAUCGGCGUCGUCUAAGCGGAAGCUGUCUCCAUAUGGACAAACAAUCUCUGACCCAUUGUAA